UUGUGUGAGGUGGUGCAGAGAUCCUGGAUGCAUUUUAGAAAAUGAGCUUCAGUCAAGAUACACUUAUACACCUAUUUGCAGGAGGAUGUGGCGGGACGAUGGGUGCAAUAGCCACAUGCCCACUGGAGGUAGUCAAGACUCGCCUGCAGUCGUCAACGUUCAGUGUAAUGUUGGCAAACUUGCCACCCGCAGCUGCGACGCGACACAGCAAAGCCACCACUUGCCACACACUUCCCCCUAGACGGCGUCUCUGCACCUCCAGCGUGCCGACGACUGCCAGCCAAAUGAUGCAUCUCUCGCAGCCACCCGACCCGAGACCGGGCAUGCCACGAUCUCUGUCACUCAUCAACUGCUUACGGUACAUCGUGGAAGUGGAGGGCUCUCGCGCACUAUGGCGAGGCCUGGGACCUAAUUUGGUGGGUGUAGCUCCAUCUCGAGCCAUCUACUUCUGCUCCUACUCACAGAUGAAGAAAUUCCUCAACAAUAAUCUCCAUAAUUCCAAGGAUGGUCCAAUUGUACACAUCUUGUCCGCUUCUUGGGCAGGGUUCACCUCGUGCACGGCCACCAACCCCAUCUGGUUUGUGAAGACGAGGGUGCAGCUCGACAGCAACAAGGUCGGGCACAAAAAAUCUACCCUUGGAACCAUCCGAGAAAUAUAUCACUCUAAGGGUGUACUGGGGUUUUACAAGGGACUCACCGCCUCCUAUUACGGUAUCUCCGAGACCGUCAUACAUUUCGUCAUCUACGAGUUUGUCAAAGCCAAGUUCCAGGAGCGCAGACAAUCAAAUCCUGAUGUUCGAUCCACGAGAGACUUCUUCGAGUUUAUGUGCGCCGGGGCCAUGAGCAAGACCAUCGCCUCGUCCUUAUGUUAUCCUCAUGAGGUGGCGCGGACGAGACUGCGUGAGUGCGGUGUGAAGUACCACGGCUUCUGGCAGACGCUGGGGCUGGUGCUGCGGGAGGAAGGCUAUCACGGCCUCUACAGAGGCCUCACCACGCAGCUUAUUAGACAAAUACCCAACACUGCCAUCAUGAUGGCUACGUAUGAGGCUGUUGUCUAUGUGCUCACCAGGUACUGCAGGAAUUCCGAAUUUUACGAAGAGUUUGAAUAAAUGCUGACAUUCGUGGCUGCAACGCGCACUCUUCGCUACGCUCAUCAGCUCUUCAUUUUUGUCCACGUUGUAUUCGAGUCAAUUUUGCACAAUAUUUGUGCCUUCAUGUAUUUGCAUUGUUUGCAUUUGUUUCUCGUUUUGCUCAGUAUUAAUUCGGCCUGUACCAUCGCGUCUACUGGUAAUUACUUAAUCUUAUUGAUUUUCCGUUCCACGAAGCAUUUACUUCAAUCGGCCGCACAAAUGUCGUUAAUAACUUUAGCCUAAUACUCGAUUUUUCCUACGUCUAGCAAAAUCUUUAACUUAAAUUUUAAAUAACCUCAUAAUUGCUGAUAUCUAGAAAUAAUUAUUUAGUUAUCUUUUAGGACAAACAAAAUAUCUUAGUUUAUUAAGAAAGAUCUUAUUUACGUUCGACAAAUUAGUGACGGUAUUUUGACUUUAAAUAUUGUUGACUUGAAUGUCUUGCUUUGAGAACAACGUUAAAAUUAAUAAAAUUUUGGACGUAUCUUACUUAUUGAGUGAGUUGUCCAUUUGGGAGCCUCUUCUUUGUUUAUAUUAAAUACUCGUUCUGAUUUACUUUUUCAAUAUAUAUAAUGUUGACCACUGAACUAGUCAUUUAUCCCCGACUCUGAUGAACGCAUUUAUUUUCCGAUAAAUUAUUUCAAAAUUUCUAUCAGUUAUUAUAUUUGUUUGACUCUCGGACUGUGCCAAAUUAAUAUCUUCUUUGUGGACCGAGCUCUUUUUGAAAUUGUUUUCACUAUUAAGAAUUUAUUUUUGCGAUGUAAGGCUUCCAUGUUUUGAUGAAUUUGUCAAUGAUGAAUAAUCGUAUAUCGUAGCUCUUGAUUCGCCACUGAGACCAUCACAUUUCAUGCAGUUGAACGGAAUUGUUAUGGUAACUUAAACCCAUAAAUAAAAUUGUGUGGCGGAAAAUCUGCCUGCUAAUUCUCUAAUGAUUUGGUGCUCAGUUCAACUUCUCCUUUUGAAGAGCAAUAGCGGCAGUCAAACAGAAUCUACUUUAUUAUUAAAUUCGAUAAACUUUUCAAUAAAGUUGUGCUUUUUCGGGAAUUUGAAUUUGUCAUGUAUGACAUGUGAUGACGUUGUUGCCUCGUGAACUUAUAACAAGUAUUUUUAUUAUUAUUAUUGCAAGAGAGAAUCUGUAGCCAAAUUCUGUCUUCUGUCUUCAUCUCUUCUUUGAAAACUAUACAAGUUUAUUACUGUGUACAUAGUGAUGUAUAAUAAUUUAGUCUCAUCCUGAAGAACCUGUAAAACUUGGUUAUUCUUAGGAUGAAAUAAUCUUAAGAUAGAACGAAGAAUUGUCAUGUAGACGAUUGCAUAAAAAAGGAUUAUAAUAUUCCUCACUGAAAUGUUUCUGGCUUGCCUCUCUUACAUCAGCCUGGGGUUUUGCUCAGAAAAUCGUUCUCGCUUUUCUUUGGGGUUUUCUGGGCAGUUUUGUGAUGCAUGGUGCUAUUUAUAAUGCAUUAACUGGUCGUAAAUAUUACAAAUCCUUUGUAGUCUUUGAAACUUCGGAACUUCUUUGAGUCUUCUAAACUUGUUGUAUAGUUGGUGAUGACGUUACCGUUUUAUGCGAUGUUCUCUUGUAAUAUUUCUAACGGGAAAAUUCACCUGGCGCUCAACUGUUUCAAUUGGACUUUUCGCAGCUAAUUUUGUAUUUGAAACUUGAAGAUUAAAAUGUAUUUUUCACCCUCCUGUUUUGUCAGUCUAGGUUAACAUUUUUUUCGGAAUGGGGGUGUCAAUUCUAUUAAAAAUCUUCAUUCAAUUUUCUGCGCCUUUAUUUAUUUUUUUUUUCAAUCACACUCGAGUGGAAAUGAAAUUCUAUUCUAAACCGCAAAAAAUUUGUAUUUGUUAGAAUUGCCUGGAGCUUCCUGGGUAGCUUCAUGAAGUUAAUUGGUAAGAACGACAUAGAAUCUGGAUGCGUUAUGAUAAAUGGUUGAUGGCUGUGAAACAAGCACUGCUCGCACCCGCUGCAUAUGGAGGGAGUUAUGCAGAGCUGUCGAUUUUGCUCACCGGGAAGUGUUGAUAUGCGAUUGAUGUUUGAGAAGUGUUGAUAUGCGAGUAAUGUUUGAGAAGUGUUGAUAUGUGAGUAAUGUUUGAGAAGUAUUGAUAUGCGAUUGAUGUUUGAGAAGUGUUGAUGGGCGAGUAAUGUUUGAGAAGUAUUGAUAGGCGAUUGAUGUUUGAGAAGUGUUGAUGUGCUAAUAAUGUUUGGGAAGUGUUGAUGUGCGAUUGAUGUUUGAGAAGUGUUGAUAUACGAGUAAUGACUGAAAGGUGUUGAUAUGGAGUAAUGACUGAGAAGUGUUGAUAUGCUCUGCCUGACUUGGAAAAGUUGAUUUGCACUUGAUAUGGGAGUGUUGAUGUGCACUCUAUCUGCGGGGUUAAGGAAUUAUUUGUCCACGUUCUUCCAAACCUGUCUCGUGCUCCAUUAAAAUGCUUCUCAUUAUUCAUAUCAACAAGUUGCUGUUACUACAGCAUGGGCUCAUUUCAUGCUUGUUGAUGGAAGUUGUUUAUACCUGCAUUAACAUUUGUUUGAUACCAGAUCUGUAAAUACAAAAUAAUGAUACUGAAUUGUAAAUAAAAGAAAUUGUAUUGAUUGCUCAUGCUGUCUUGUUGGUUUAUUUGAAUUAGAUUUACUUAGUAUACUGUGAAAAAUUUUUGUAGAAAUAAAAUUCUUGGUUGAAACGUAUUCUCGUAAAGGGUGCUAUGUUAUUAAAACUUUUGGGCAUUCGUUCGUCGAAUGCCAGCGCAAUAUAAUAUUUUUCUGCCAUAUUGCCAUUUGGUUCUGUUGAUUUGCUACCGAGUAAUUUGUUCUUAUCAUCCAACUUACAGACAUUCUUUAUCAAACGAAUAUAUAAGUGUUGAUAGUGAGUUAGUAAUCAAAGUUAUAUCAAAACUAAAAACGGCUGCUAGUAAUCAAACAUUAAUAUUUUUGCUUAUAACAAUGGUUUCAGUUCAAAUUGUUGUACCUAUAAUUUUCUUCAAAAAUUUGUACCUGCGACUAUAGAUUUAUUUGGACGGCGGUAUUUUGAUGUGCUGGUCUCGUGUUAUUGCUAUAUGAUAUAGCUAUGCAUUUAGAGUGGAAUUUUCGGUAAAAUUCUGUCCGGCAUAUUAGGCAGCAUUUUGUUGUCUGGUCAAGUUGCUUUUUACCGAAUAGUUGCGUAUAAUUGACUCUACAUUUGUUUUACAGUCAACCGGUUUUAGGUGUUGUCCAAAAUUUUGUUUGUGUUCGGUCAUAAUUCAAUGAAAGAAAUGGCUGUUAUAUCGCUAUCAUUAUUUUAUUAGAGUCUGUACCUGACUUGGAGCUCUGAGCCAACAUAGUCUUGAGUUACUUUCUUGUGAAACUUAAAUAUGCAUUUCGCUUCCUUUGUAAUUCUUCAAUAUGAAUAAAGGAAUCUUGUUGUA